UUAACAAAUAUUUAAAUUUAGUGGAUCACUGAAUCAUCAUGCGGAAGAUCAUAAACUGCACAAGGAUGAUCAUGCGGGACAUGAUCAUGACAAUCAUACAGACCACGAUCAUGUCCAUGCACAUCAUGAUCACGUUGAUCAAGAUGGAGACGGGGCUCCUAACCAUAAUCGAUUGUACGAUAAGAAGAUAUGGGCAGCUGCUGUAGGAUCCAUAUUUCUUAUAGGGGCCUGCGGUAUUUUUGGUGUAGUGGUCAUACCUAUUAUGAACAGACGCAUCUACCAGCAUGCAGUCCAGUUCCUGAUAGCCCUUGCUGUGGGAACACUCACAGGAGAUGCUCUUCUUCAUCUUCUCCCGCAUGCAAUUAUGGGCGGGGACUCAAAGUAUGGCCACCAUGGACACGGAACUGAUCUACAGAAUGAUCUGCACAAACGAGCUGUUUGGAUAGGUUUUGUUGCGGCUGUGGCAAUCAUUGGAUUCUUCCUAUUUGAGAAAAUUGUAAAUAUUCUAGGGGAACUAAGGAACAACAGUGUUCCAGAUAAAAAUCUACGAGUUGUACGUGAAGGUCAUGUUGCCAGUGAUAAGGCAGUCGGGGAAAAUAUAUGCAAACAUAAAUACAGUGCAUACUGUGUUCAGGACUUCGAUAUUCAGAACGAGAGAACGGACAGCUUGACGAAUGGAACACCUAAAAAUAAUAAAUCUGAUGGUUCCGGGGAUCCCGGAAGUGAGAAAACGUUACUUCCGGUCACGGAAGUGGAAAAAACGCACAAACGAAAUUAUUCCGUAGGAGGUAAUGGCUUCAAGUCUGACCAAGACACAGUCAUUAUCAGUCAUCAUGAAACAGUUCACCACGGACACAGCCACGCCCACUCCCACAUUCACUCCGCCCCCAGCUCCAUCUCCAGCGUGGCCUGGAUGGUUAUAUUCGGCGACGGGAUACAUAAUCUGGCCGACGGACUAGCCAUCGGCGCUGCAUUCGCCGACGGUAUGUGGUCAGGUGUAUCCACAAGUGUUGCUGUGCUUUGUCACGAGCUCCCGCAUGAGAUUGGGGACUUCGCCAUGCUUCUCAAGACGGGGAUGUCGUUCAAGAAAGCUGUAUUCUAUAACGUGGUAUCGUCUGUGCUGGCGUUUGUCGGUAUGUUGAUUGGUUUAGUUCUGGGAAAUCUGGAGAACUUCUCAUCCUGGAUGUUUGCGGCAACUGCAGGUGUAUUCCUGUACGUUGCUUUGGUUGAUAUGAUGCCUGAACUAAGCUCGGGGCACACUCAUCCUUUAUCUAAAGAAAACCAGACAGAAGGACAUUUUAUUCCUAUUCUUCUCCAGUUACUGGGUAUGGGAACAGGAGUUGGAAUUAUGACGAUCAUAGCGCUAUAUGAGGAGGACUUUAAAACUCUGGUAUCGGACUAGAAUGAGACAAUAUCAAGUUUGAUCUGAAAUCAAGAGAAUGAUGAGGAACCUGUGCUGAAUACUAGAACGUAUCGAAGAAAGUAUCAAGCGCUUCCUCUGAAAACUUGUACUUUUUAAAAACUGAUCUGAUCAACUUUUGAUCAUCUUUAAAAACUUGCAUUGAGUCCAUUUUAAACAUUAACUUUUCUCGAAGUCAUCGUUAAAGACGAAAAAAUUGGUGCAUUUAAAGGGACUGUAAAAGAAAAAUGGAAAGGGGUAUAAAUUCUUAUAAACUUGACACAAUUUUAUAUCAAUUUCUCGAGGCAGGAACAUCAGAUAUAAUUUUCAUGGGUCGCGAUCAUGAGCUAAAGUGAUUAGUUUUCAGCCUCCACCCCCUUUCAUUUUUCCUUUACACUCUCUUUUUAAUGACUCCAAAUUAACAAUGGUCUGUCCAAUUCACAAGGGUACCCUUUAAACCUAAAAUUGUGUUAAAAUCUGGCCAUUUCUUCCAUUUCAUUUGCAGCUUCUGAAAGUAUCUUUUUUUUUUAGCCAUAACAGAAGUCAAUAAGGGUUUCUCGUUUAUCCUCGAUCUGACAAAGUGUACAGUUGUGAAUCGGACAUAACACUGUUAAAGGAGGAUUAUUUGAAACGAUAGCAACUGUCCAUAUCAGCUGUAUAAGAGUGUUACUUAAACUAAUCAUGAAAAUUAAACCUUCUUAAAUUUUCAGUUUUGACGAAAAAAAGUUGUUGUUAAAACUCGAGAUUUUUUAUAAAUUUCUGAAAAAAAAUCAUGAGGAGGAAAAAAAUCUUUGUUUUGUUAUAAAUCUAUUUGUUGCAACAAAAAAAUAACAGUUAAUCUUUUUCUAUUGUUGAACAGUAACACUUAACUGAAUGUAUUUUUUGUAACUUGCACAGUUGUUAUUAUGUGCAUUGUACAUAUGUUAUGUGUUAUUCAUAUAUGCUUUGUACUCAAACAAACGAAAAUCAAGUUCUUAACGGUUCACAAGACUGGUGACAUAAUUUCAAGGAACCCUCCGUUUAUAGAGUGCCAUUCACGAUUCACAAGUCACAAUAAUACCCUUAAAUUCUUUGUCCAACACUAGAGAAAUAUCCUCGUUUUUAUCUUAAAAAGUGUCCAAUUCUGUAAAUUACGUUCUUUGUCUCUGCUUCUUGAAAUCCACAAGUCGCAAAAGAGAAACCACAAUAAAAAAUUAGCAAUUUUUGAAAAGUAAGAUAAGGAUAUUUUUGCAUUAUUUGGCUACGGUUUUAAGGGUUGUGAAUCGAGCUUGUGUCUCUUUUACUGAAAGUUCACUUGAAAAACAUGUCCAGUCUCUUUAAGUCAAAUCUAUUGUUAACCCAGUGCUAUGUCUUAAUGUCAUUAGUUUCCGGUGAAUUUUGUAUUAUUCAUUUUCUGAAUUUUUUUUAAUUAACUAUUUACAAUCUUCUAUGUACACUUUAAGUCAUAUCUUUGAUUGGAUUUGACGAUGCUUACUUUUGUUUUCGUUUUCCUACCAAGGUUAAAACGAAAACUGUAGUUCAAAUACUAAUAUUUUUUAGAAUUAGUUUUGUAGGGAGAGGAAUGUUCUGCAUUAUUUUCUUAUAAAGUAUCGUUGCUUGUAUGUUAACCAAUUGUCAACCCAUAACCGUCCUAUAUCCAACCAGUUUUUUUUCUUCCAUGCGAUCUCUUUUUUGUAUUUGUUUUCGCAAAUUUUACAGAUUUUCGGCUCAGGUCUCUCUAAACCAAACGGGCAGUUUUGUUUUAUAAAAUUUCCCUUUAAAAAAUCUCUUAUUCUAAAUCAACUGUAAAUAGAUUUAGAGAGGCCUACAGUUUCUGUAAGAAUGAUCUUCUAUGAAUCUUGUUCACGAAAUAAUACCGUUCAAUAAAUUUAUACGUAUUA